GAUUACACUUUCAUUCAGAAUGCUUGCUCAACAAACAUAAUCAAAAACAUGGGAAAGCCCCUCAAUUGAAUGUGUGGCCCAAGCUCCGGGAGCUAUGGCGGAGUGUUGAUGACCAUAACGUGUCUGGCAGUCCCGAUUUAGAAGCUCCAUCAACGUCUGUUGUAAUGGAUCAUGAAACUCCUGCAAGAUCCAGGAUGUGCCAUUGGUACCAUGGCGCGAUGGUACUAGCAUUACUACCAUGUAGAAGGUAACAAACUAAGAUAGGGCAACACCACUCCUGGAGUAGCCAUUGGUACAUUGACAUUAGGAGAUUUUUGCAAGCUCCCGAAUUCCCAAUCGCGCCAAUCUCAUCUCCAGAUCCAACAGCAAUCUUAGAUCUCGCGCAGCAAAACUCAUACAACUUUGGUAUAGGAAUCUCGAAUCUCAUUGAAGAUAGAGUAGGCCGAAAGUAGCCCGUUAGCUCUGCUCCGGCUGUCCGCUCCCCGCGAAUACCAUCAUUGCUCGAUAGAAUGUCCUGUUGCGCGGUAUGGAGAAACUCUUUUGGGAAGUGUAUACAAUAUACACUAUGUCGAUAGUCAACGAGAUUCUGAUAUAUAAGUUGUCGAUGUUGUCGAGGUAAAUACUUUUUUAUCAUCAUCAACAACAACAUCUUCAACAUUCUAUCAAGGCAUCGCCAGAACAUCACUUCGCAGUUUUCCAAUACUUGAGUCUUAGACAUCCAACAAUCUACACCCAAUACCUUCACUAAAGCAUCUUUGAGCUACUCAACCAUCUUUACAUCUAAUAAUACUUCAUACUAAUAACUUCAACUUCUUCAAUCACUCAAACCAUCUUUAAACAUGUCUCAACAAGGAACUCUCCGAUCUGAUGUCCCAGCCGCCUUCGCCGCAGCCAAUUCUAACCCCGCCCGUUUGGUUCACCUCAUCCCAGAUGAGCUUGCCAGAUCGGUACCUGACCAUUCAAUCUUUGCUUACCCAAAGACUGAUAUGCCACAAGAUGGCUUCGUGGAAGUAUCUGCCAGAUCUUUCGCCAAUGCGAUCAACCGUACCGCUUGGUACUUGGAGUCAAUCCUCGGAAAAGCUCCAGCUGGUGAAUUCCCAGCUGUCGCCUACCAAGGCCACAGUGACAUUCGUUACUUCCUUUUCAUGUUCGGCGCCAUCAAAGCUGGAUACAAGAUGCUGUAUCUUUCUCCCCGUAACAGCGUCGCCGGGUCUCUCAACGUUCUUGAGAAGUCCGACUGUCACAUAUUCUUGACAGCUCGCAACACACACGUUGAGAACAUCUUGAGCCAACGCAACAUGCGCACUGCAACAGUGCCAGAACUUGAAGAGUUGCUUGAAGAUGAAGAGGUCCGCGCCUACCCUUACAACAAGUCUUUUGCUGAGGCACGAACCGAUCCAUGUCUCGUCCUCCACACUACCGGUUCUACCGGUCUUCCAAAGCCUAUCACCUGGAAGAACGAGAUCCUUAGCACAUACGAGGCUUGGAGAACUAUCCCAGCAGUCGACGGUUAUGUUCCAACCACUGAAGUCUACCAACAAUCUCGCAGGGCUUACAACCUCAUGCCUUUGUUCCACACUAGUGGUUUGAACAUCGGUAUCACCAUGUCUCUCCUUCUUGGUGUCACCACUGUUUACGGCUCUGCCAAUGUCGUACCUCACGCUGCAUAUGCCGAUGAGAUCCACAAAUAUGGUGGUGUCGACGCUUCAAUCGGCCCCCCAUCCAUCUAUGAGGAAUUGAGUCACGAUCCUAAGUCCCUUGAGCGUAUCCACAACUUCAACUACAUUCUCGUCUGUGGUGCUGCCAUCUCCCAGACUGCCGGUGAUAUCAUCUCCAAGCAUUGCAGAGUCGUUUCCAACUUUGGAGCUACUGAGACUGCUUGUCUUCCACGAUUGGCUCCUGCCGUCGAGGAUUGGGCUUACUUCUACUGGCACCCAACUCAUUCUGGUAUUGUCUUCAGAGAGUACAUGGACGGUCUUCAUGAACUCUACAUUGAGCGAAAGCCCGAACUAGACCUUUACUACCAGGGUAUCUUCAGUACCUUCCCUCAACUCGAGGAGUACUCCAUGAAUGAUCUUUACUCUCGCCACCCUGAUCCAGCCAAGCCUUUCUUGUACAAAUGGAGAGGUCGUGCUGACGAUGUUAUUGUUCUCAGCAAUGGAGAGAAACUUGCUCCAGCUCUCAUGGAAGCUUCUCUCUGCAGCAGUCCUCUCGUCAAGGGCGCCAUGGUUGUUGGUCGUGGCAAAUUCCAGCCAGCUGCUCUUGUCGACCUCAAGGAUGCUCCACCAGCCAGCGCUGCUGAUCGCCACGCUCUCAUCAAGGACAUGCUUCCAGCUAUUGCCCAAGCUAACAUUCACGCUCCCGCUCACGGUCAACUUGAUCAAUACCACAUCUUGUUUGUUGAUCCUAGCCGCCCAAUGCACUACCUUGGUCAAGGUAAGAUCCAAAGACAUCAGACAUACAGAUUGUACGAGAAAGAUAUCGAGGAUGUCUACACUGCUGCCGAGAAUCUCGAUGACCAAGAAGGUGAAGUCGGUGACUUGCGAGUAGACUUUGCCGACCGCACCAACAUUGCUAAGUGGUUGAAAGACCUCGUCGAAGAGACUGCCGGCAUUCAAAACCUUGGACCUGAUGCAGCAUUCUUUGAAUCUGGCUUGGAUUCUCUCCAUGUCAUCAAGAUUGUUCGCGAGCUCAAGAUCCAUGCCAAACUCACUGGUGGCAACAACCUCACUCCGGACUCCAUUUCACCAGCUUCUGUAUACUCCAAUCCAUCCUUGGUUGAGCUUUCUGAGUUCCUCUACAAGACCGCAGAUUUGGCACCUGAAGAUCCUGAUAGUGCCUACCAAAGCGCCGAUCCUAACGAGAAGGAAAUCAAGAAUCCUAAAUUGACCGCUAUGGAGUCUCUCUUCCAAGAAUUUGUCUCCACUCUCCCAGUCGAGUCUAAGCCUCGUGUCACACCGGUCACCACCGGUACUACCGUUCUCCUCACUGGUACUACCGGUUCAUUGGGUUCAUACCUUCUCAAUGAGAUGAACAAUGACCCUAACGUUGCGCACAUCUACGCUCUUGAUCGCUCUGCUGGUGGUGCCGAGAAAUACCAACAAGCCAUCGCUGCAAGAGGAUUGAGCCCCAUUGAUCCCGAGAGAGUUACUUUCCUCAAGGCAGAUCUUUCCGACUCUCAAUUGGGUGUUGGACAAGAGAACUACACUAAGAUUUUGGAGAAUGUUACCCACGUCCUUCAUUGCCAAUGGCCAGUCAACUUCAACUGGACUCUCAAUUCAUUCAAGCCAUACAUCACUGGUGUUCGCAACCUCGCUCAAAUGGCUUCCAGCUCUACUAACAACGCUUUCGUGAUGUUCAUCUCAUCUAUCGCCGCCGUUGGUGGAUACAAGGGAGUUGGCGGUGUUCCUGAGGCACCAAUCCUCGACUUUACUGCCGCAGCACCUAUGGGAUACGGUCAAUCCAAGCUCAUCGCUGAGGCCCUCCUCGAGAAAGCCGCUCAAAUCUCCGGUGUCCGCACUGCUGUCUGCCGUGUUGGUAUCGUAGCCGGUCCAGUAGAACAACAAAAGGGAAUGUGGAACAAACACGAGUACAUUCCAUCUAUCAUUGUCUCAUCCGCCCAUCUCGGUGUUGUGCCAGAGACCUUCCCAUCCAGAGAUCACAUCGAUUGGCUCCCAGUCGACAAGCUCUCCAAGGUCUUGUGCGAGAUCCUCGAGACCGCAUCUCAGCCAGAGCUUGACGCCACUACAGGCGCUAUCUCUUCUGCUCCUCUCCACAGCAAGACUUAUCACGUUGUCAACCCACAAUUCUCCUCUUGGGAAGAGGACUUGGGACAGAACCUCAUCGCCGCUUACCCUGAAGGCAUGGUCAAGCCAGUCAAAUUUGAGCAAUGGGUUGACGCACUCAAAGCUUCCGUGGAUGAAGCUGAGCGCACUGGCAAGGUCGAUGUUGAUGCCAACCCCGCCAUGCGCCUUCUUGAAUUCUACUCCAAGGCAGCAGCUGGUGGUGCCGUUGAGAAGGGUGCUCGUACAUUACCUACCAACGUGUCUCAGUCUGCCAGUAAGACUUUGAGAAACCUUGGUCCUUUGAACAGAGUUUGGCUGGAGAACUGGAUGGUUCAGUGGGGUAUCAAAGAGCCUGUCGCAGCUCAAAAUUCAUACUUGGCUUUGAAUUAGACAUGGCUGUCAUUUAACGAGUUUCCUUUGUCACUUCUCAUUUCAUGUAUCUUUUAAUACACUUCUUACGAUUUAUGACCAUAGACUUGGGUAUUGGUUUAGACAAUAUGUUGGGAUAGACGGAUCAGGAGUUUGGGAUUUCAUAUACGAUUCACGGCAAUUGUUCAUAUUUAAACAUCUAGUUAACUAUAAAACACAAACAAAUUUGAUAACAUCAUAAUUACAUCAUUUGCCUCAACCAAAAGUGACAGGAUAUAAUUACCUGACGAUCAUUGCUUCAACUCUUUAGGUGACAUGGUCAAUUCAAUCGAUCAUGCUAAUCGCCCUCGUCUCCUUAUCCUUCCUGAACCUCUCACCUGCUUCA